AUGGCUGCACAAUUAAUGAAUUUUGGUGGUUCAAUCAUUAAUAAUGCAAAGAAUGUGUACGAUUCUGUUGGAUAUGAUGGUACCAGUUUAUCAAGAAAUAGUAUAGCCAGUGAUUUCAUUCGACCAUGGUUACAAAAUGAUAGAGCAAAUACAAAAACCAGCAACAAAUACAACUCAUUAUCAUUUACUGGUUAUGGUGACCAAGCAUACGGUAGUGAUUACAGUUUAAUGCAUCCAGUAAAAAGAAGUGGAAUUGAAACGUUGCUGAAUACUUUUUUAGGGCCUACAUUUUUUGGACAAACAACUUUAGCACCAUCGAUAAAUUUAGCUAAUUUUUUUAAACCAGAAUAUCAACAAAGAGAAAAUUAUCAUACCGCAGGAGGUUCAAACAUCGAUCGAUUGAUUAAUAUGCUAAGAAGAAGUGGUGCUCAAAGAGCUACACCUAAUCCUGAUAAUUCAUUAAAUUUACUUCAAACUAUUUUUGGAAAAUAA